GUAAAAGUCAAAGAAGGUUUGUCAUUCGCACAGAAAAAAAAUAGAGACUAGUUUUAACUAAGGAGCUGAUUGAAUUAGGAAGUUUUAAGUGCAAAUGUAUAUGUUAAGAUUCAGCAAGACAGAGAUCAUACCAUCCUUGCACCAUGAAAUGAAGGGGAAGGAGCAUCCAAUUUUAAGAGACGAAAUAUCCAUACCCAUAACUCUGGCAUCAACGAUAGUAGUAACAUAUAUGUAGCAAAG